UUUUUACCAUAUGAACCACAAUGGAAGCCCCUGGACUGCCAGGGAAUUCCCUCAGCAUCAUUUGUUGAAAAGACUCUUCCCCAUUAGAUUGCCUUUAUACCUUUUUGAAAAUCAAUUGUCACAUAUAUAUUGGUCUAUUUUUGAACUCUGUUCUGCUCUAUUGAUCUACUUAUCUAUGUUGAUACCAAUCCUUAUAAUUAGGCUUGUCUUAAUUACUAUAGAUGUAUAAUAAGUCUUGAAGUCAGAGAGGGUAAAAUCAGUUCCUUUUACCCCAGUUGGAAGUGGAGUCAGACUGAUGAGUUUUAAUCCAAGCUCUAUCAUUUAAUACUAGUAUGAUUUCAUACAAGUCAGUUAACAAUGUUUAUUACUCAUUUACAUCCUUGUCUAUUGUUAGAAUGAAUAUUAUAGUGCUUGGAUUAAAUGCCAAUUAUUAUUAAGGGUCUGAACUAGAAAGAUGGCCCUGGAUCUAACAGGUACUAGAAUGUCAGGGCAGUGCUGCGAUGAAUGAAUUUAAUGUGCUCAUCAAGGACCUCCCACUGUCUUUCUCAGUGUAGGGACAUGCUCCUGUCCUUUCUUUUCCUUUCUGUCUCUCUCUUUCUUUUUUUAAACAUACAAUUGAUGUAUAACACUGUCAAGUUUGAGAUGUAAGUUUGAAGUGUACAAGUGUUAGUUUGAUACAUUUACAUAUUGUAUGAUUAUUGCGGUAGCAUUAUCUAACACCUCUAUCACAUCACAUAAGUAUUUCUUUUUUGUGUUGGGAACAGUUAAAAUUUGGUCUCUUAGCAACUUUGAGGUUUAUAAAUAUUAUAUCAUUAACUAUUAAUAUAAUCACUAUGUUGCAUGUUAAAUCCCCCAAAUAUAUUUUUCUACUAGUUUUUAGUUUGUACCCAUAAACAACAUCUCCCCAAUUCCCCCAGGACCAGCCCACAGCAGAACUGAUCACUUUGCAUUGAAACAACAGAAAGAAUAACAAAUAAAGGUGACAAAGAAGAAAUUAAAACUGGUCAGAAUCCCCAAGUUUAAAAUAGUCAUUCCACUAUGUCAAUAAUUUCUAUACAGCUUUGUUAAAUUUUUAUUUAGAAAAAAAUUUGAAUAGAAAAGGAGAGCAUUCUACACCCAGUUACAGUAGCGGCCCGCUUGGCAUGGCUUAUUUCCACUCUCUUCUUUUUUUCAGCUUUUGCAAUACCUGUACCUGCCAGUCUCCAGGUGCCCCUAGUUACAGGUCAGCUCCACACAGAAGGGGAGGAGCUACUUCCCAGGGUCUGUUUCCAGCAUUGCAGCCCCACAUCCCAGCAACCAAAAGUGCUGCCCACCUGGAGACAAAGGAGGACCUUGCCCACUUCGUUGUGUGCCAUGUGAGUGCUCAGUCCAACAGGAUGGCUGGUGCACCGCUGAAAUUUUUAUCUGUGGUUGGCUUCAGUCUUAUCUGCCUUAAAAUGGUUGCUUCAACAAAAACAGCUCCCGAAAUACCCACUAUUGAUCAGGCUUAUUCAAAAAUCAGCAACAGUAUCACUGUGGAAUGGGCUACAGUGCCAGGGGCCACCAGUUACCUCCUCACGGCCAAAGACGGGAACACUGUCAUUGAGACCAUGGUGGCCAAUUCCCCGGGCACUGUGACUGGCCUGAAAGCUGCAACCUUGUACCAGAUCACCGUCAGAUCCAUCAGUCCUGCGGGGAGAAGCCAAGCAUCACCUCCAAAACAGGCAAAGACAGUACUGGCGGCACCUAUUCUACAAGUAAGCUCUCCAAGUUCAGACUCUAUUCUUGUGCACUGGGAAGCUGUAUAUAUGGCCAUUGGAUUCUCUGUGUCCAUUAUGCAAGCUAAUGGCUUGGGUAGAAUAUGGAAAGAGAAUACCACCAACACCUCCUUGACAUUCACCAGUUUAGACUCCGGGACUCUCUACACCAUAAAGGCCUAUGCAUGGAAUGCCAAUGGAACCCCUGGGGAUGACUCCACCUGCAAUCAGAGAACAAGUCCAGGUACUCCUGCAAACAUUCAAGUCUCUUUUGAUAGUGGUGCUCUGAAGGCAUCUGUUUCGUGGGCACCGACAGAAGGAGCUUUCAACUAUACCGUGAUGGCUUUGAGUGACUCUUCUAGGCUGAGCUGCAGUACAACUUUCAGUUCCUGCAUCAUCUACUCUCUCCAGUGUGGAACCAAGUACCUGAUUUCAGUUUCAGCAAGUAAUGAUGCCGGAUCUAGCAGAUCGACUUCAGCAGUGACUUUGAAAACCGUUGCUUGUGCACCUGGAAGAGUGGCGAUCCAAGAAGAUCCUCCUGGCCACCUGUCCGUAGCUUGGUCCAAUGUAGAUCUGGGUGAUUACUAUGUGGCCUUCGUGAAGAGUGAUGAUGGCUUGGAAGUACAUUGCAACACUUCCCUCACCCAGUGCAAUUUCUUAUCUGAGUGUGGCUUCACUUAUUUUAUUAGUGUUUUUGCCUAUAAUAAGGCAGGGCAGAGUCCUUUGGGUGAUGUGUUUAACUAUACCACAGCUCCCUGUUGUCCUAGUGACAUUAACCCUGUGCUGGUGUCCAGUGACAGAGUCGAGAUUGUUUGGUCUCCCGUCCGAGGUGCCGAACUUUAUGAAACAAAGGCUGUGGAUGGGUUUAAUGUGGUUGAGUGUAAUGACACGGCUCCAGCUUGCACGCUUUCUGCUCUAGAGUGUGACACCAAGUACAACAUCACGGUGUAUUCCUUCAGCGAAGUCCGGGGCAGCAAUACGUCAUGUACUUCCCAAUUCAUAACCACAGCUCCUUGCAGUCCUGAAAUCAAAAACAUUUCAAAGGAUGACUUUUCCAUGAUUAAUGUGCGCUGGCAAUCCACUAAUGAUGAGGCCACUUACACGGUGACUGCCCAGGGAGAGAAAGGGCUGCACCGGUGCAGCAGCACCGGAGAGUCCUGCAUCCUGCGGGGCUUGCCCUGUGGCUCAGUGUUCUCUGUCACUGCUGUGGCUGAAACACCCGCAGGACGGAGCCUGCCCAGCUACAGUGUACCUCUAGAGACAGCGCCGUGCUGCUCAGCCAGUCUGACGGUAACUCAGGUCACUCAGUCAGUAAUCAACGUGAGCUGGACUGUUGGGACUGGGGCCCUAACCUAUGUGACGGUUCUGCAGUCAUACAAGGGACAGUCAAAGUGUCACACCCAUCAAAACCACUGCCUCCUGGGAUGCAUCACAUGCGGCGUCAAUUACACAGUGGCAGUAAAAGCAGUUAGUGCCACUGGGUUGACUGCGGACUGCGCCUACCAAAGUUACUCCUCUAGUGCCUGCUGCCCUUUAGGGGUGAAAUUAUACAGGCUGGGCCCUAAUGGCAUCCGGAUCCACUGGCAGGCCUCCAGGGGCUCUGCCAAUUACAGCACCGACCUCUAUGGUUCCAAAGGCACUUUCACAUGUGCCCCAAGCGCUGGCCUCAGCUUCUGUGAUAUUACCGAGAUACCCUGCGGGGAUGUGUAUACCGUGAUGGUGUCACCAGUUGCUGAGACAGGACUGAAGCUUACUUUCUGUCCAAAAAAAAUAUAUUCAGUAACCUGCUCUGGAAGUACACUUGGAAUGGUGAUUUACAGAGGGAAGAGAAAUGUGGAAUGACACAGUAAACCACGGAUAAAAACAGAGACUUGACUAAGGUUCCUUAAUUGUUAGUGUGAUUAGAGCUGGAAAAGGUCUAUUAGAAUACAAAAUUCCUCUAGGCUAGGACAAGCUCCUUUGGCCUUUAGAAGAACUGCUCUGACUCUACUUCCUGAGUUCAAGGUCAGGUGUGUCCUCAAUGGCAAGGAGUUCAAGAUCUGCUGCAGAGAAGACUCAGGGGAGAAAUUAAUCCAGAAAGUCUUGUGGAAGGCUGCCAGAAUGAGCCAGCACACGGGGAAAGUCCUGGAGAUGUGAAAGGUCUGCAUAGCAGAAAUUCUUGGAGAUUUCUUACACCCAGACAUAGUACAUACAACACACCCACUUCAUAAGUGAUUUAACGACCCAGCACUUGCCAUGCAGCUCUCUAGCCAUUCAAGAGUUGGAAGCAUCCACUCCCAGAGAAGUCAAAAUCAAGCCACCACACAUUGACUGCACUCAUCCAGAACAAAACUCGACAAGGACUUCGGCUGAGGUUGGAUAGCAGCAGCUGCCAGGGCCACCUGUAGGAAAUAACACCCUCAUCUAAAGUUAGGAGGAAGCCGACCCACUUGCAGGCUUUCCCAAGCGAAAGAAAGCAUCAUGUGUUGACACCUCUGUGUGAGUGUCUGGGAAAGCAGAGUUGCUAGCCUGUUACUGGAAUGACUGUAGUCAUGCUUUUGAAUGAGCAAAGACUUCAGAUGGAGGGAUACUCAGAGCCAGAGCCCCAAACUGUGGCAGACUGACAUAUAUGCAUCUUUGGAGGGAAGGACCAUUGAUCUUGUUGGCUCUAUUCCUCACUCCCACUGUAAUUUUUUUUUUUUUUUUUCCGAGAGAAAAGGCAAUGAUAACUCUGUUGUACCUAAAAAAAAAAUUGUGCUUUGAGUGCCAGAAACCUUAUUAAAAGAUAGUGGAAGCUGGA